AUGGACUUCCUCAACUCGACGGAAGGGCGCUACUCGCUGGUUGUUGUUGCCGCCUUAUUAUGUAUUGGGAUUUACCAUUACGCGCGAGUAGCUUCGUAUUAUGUAUUCGGACCUUUUCGCUCGUUCUUUCUCUACCACAUUGCCUAUCCAAAAUUUGAGAAACGGAUCUUUGGUCUGCAAAAGUUAUCUAGGCUGAAUUUGAUCAUCGGAUUCUUGUGCCUCGUUGGCACGGCGGUUUGCAACGCUUGGGGUGUCCAUUCGCUACCUCAAGCAAGCUCAAGAGCAGCUCGCCUAUGCCUAGCUCAUUUGAUCCCUAUGUUCUUUGCUGGUGGUUAUGAGUUAGGAGCCAGGAUUCUUGGGAUAUCACUUCAGGGAUACGGGGCCAUCCAUUAUACAUUUGGAAUUUUGGCUAUGCUUGAGGCUCUGGUCCAUAUUCUGAUAAUUACUUGCACCCAAAGUGUUACAAUGUCAAAUGAUCUCCACCUAUACGGUGUCCUAUCGGCGAGCAUGCUCCUUGCCCUAAUGAUUCUACCCCUCGUGAAGAAAAGGGUAUACGAGGUAUUUCUCAGAACUCACCAGGGUUGCGCUUUAGUCAUGAUCUAUACAAUAUGGAGGCACACUCAUUCCUUUCCAGCUAAGUCCUGGCUGUAUACCGUCAUCUACAUCUCUACCCUCACUAUUACUGGAAUAAUGCAGCUAGCUCGGAUUCUCUUCAGAAAUGUUGCACUCGGAAAAGGCUCGGUCCAGCUAGCCCUGCAAAGGCACGGAGAUGCUGCGCAACUAACUCUCGAACUUCCUCGAGCGUGGAAAGUGAGGGCUGGAGAGCGCCUAAUGUUGGGGGUCCCAUGCGUCGGCCUCUUCUACCUGUUUCAAGCCCAUCCAUUUACGAUCGUUUGGUGGGAAGUGAAUCAAACUGACCAAACGAUAUUGGUUUCACUUCUUUUCCGACCACGAAACGGCUUCACAAGGAGACUACUUGAGAGGGUGGAGGUAAACAAAAAAUGCCGUGCCUGGGUUGAUGGUCCAUUUGGCCCAUGUUCCGUUAAUCCACUUGGAUUUUCUUCGGAAGUCGGUGAUUACGGCCAUUUGUUGUUGAUAGCAACAGGUAUUGGUAUUGCAGCCCAACUGCCCUAUAUCAAGGAGAUUUUAGAAGGUAUUCAUUCGGCGCGGGUCCGUACUCGAAGGAUCUCUUUGGUUUGGCAGUUAGACAGACCGGGAGAUUGGGAAAGUGCCCACGGUUGGCUGCAGAAAUUGGUGGAACAAGAUGAUGGCUAUUUGUUACAUGUGACUGUGUAUGACAAAACCAAGUCUCCCCAUGUCAAUGACCCGAAAAAGCUCGGGCACCAUGGCCUAAUCGAGGUUUACGGAGGUCAGGUCGACUGGGAUGAACAGCUUUCCUUAGAGAUGAAACAUCAAGUGGGGAAGUUAUUAGUCGCUGACGAUGAAUUAGGCCUCAAAGUACACCCCUCUCAUGUACGCCUAAAGUCCAUUAACGAUGACACUCCAUAUACUUGGAAGAUUCUCGACCAGGGUCUUCUGCCCUUAUUUCAAAGGCAUCUCAGCAAGCACUCCAUCGGUUCAUAUAAGCAGUUAUGCAGCGAGAUUGGAAAAACCUUUCAUGUAAUUGGGAAACACGGAGCUGGAAAGAUAAUCGAGAGCCCGUGCCAUUCAGAUAUACAGGGCAUUGACCGCGUGCAAUCACAGAGUCCUGAUAUCCUUCUAAGGACAGAAAGAUCUCAGAUCGUCUACGAACUUGAAGAAGCUAAAAGGAACACUAUAGCAGAGGAGAAGAAGAGGAUGCUAGCGGAGACUAAGGUACAGUAUCUGAUGAAGAGGCUCGAGGAGGCCCAAAAUACGAUCCAGUAUCACCAGGAAGAGAUACAACAAUGGAAGGUGAUAGCUGAAUACUACCAGUCAAGUGUUUCCCGGUGCUCGAAUUCACUGCAAGAGGUGAUCACACUCCUCUACGGGGUGCAGGCAGACGUCACAUUCGUUCCUUGGAACCCAAUAAGCGAAGUUUAG